CCACCUCACCGUCUCCCUCCCCAUCCAUCUCCAUCCUUCCCUCCCUCUCUCUCUCCACACACAGCGCACACAGCACACACACCGCGCGCGCUCUCUCGCGACACUUGCGUGCGGAUAUCCAUGGGAGACGGGUGCACAACGCAGCCACCACCACCACCACAGACGGUGGUUGUUGUGACGGCGUCUGCACGCACGACGACGCCUCCCUCGCCUCCCCCACGUCUAAGGGCGGCGUGUCUGAGUACAGUACAACGGCGUGGAGAGACGGACACGAGGAACGAGACGCAGCAGACACGAGGCUCACGGCGAUGGGAAAGCAACGCCUGACGCUGGGACUUCGUCUCCCGCGCUCCACUCCGCGCAGGAGCAGCCUCUCCGCUUCCCUGGAGGCGCUCUCCCUCUACCUGCCCUGCCUCUCUCCUCCCGGCUCGCACCCCGGUGCGGGUGUGCGUCGGCACAGCACAGUGCGGCGCAGCACGGAGACGGGUCUGGCCGCGGAGCCCCCCACACGCUCCCCCCGGGGGGGGGCACCCCCCCCUGCCGGCCUCUCCCCCCGGCCCACCCCCACCCCGCACCCCCGCGCCUCCGUCUCCAGCCGAGCCCACAGCCUGCCCUGCGAGUCCACUCUGGCGCUGUACCCGCAGGUGAGGCUGCACUCCCACGCUGAGCUGAGCGGCUUCCUGGACGGACUGGGGCCGGGCCAGGUGGCAGGGAGACAGAGCCUUGCCACCCUCUCCCUCGGGGACGUGGAGCUGGGGGUCUCUCUGAAGGACGAGGGCCUCACUGUGGAUCUGCUGCGAGCCCGGAACCUCGUUCCGAAACCCGGAGCCAAGACACUGCCACUGCUCACGGUGAAGGUGUACCUGCUGUGCGGGGGGGCGUGCGUGGACAAGCGCAAGGUGCGUGCCGCGCAGCGCUCGCUCGAGCCAGACUUCCACCACAAGCUGACCUUCGACGAGACCCCGCGCGGGAAGGUCCUCCAGGUGGUGCUGUGGGGUGACUACAGCCGGCGUGACAGCAAGUCCUUCAUGGGGCUGGCUCAGAUCGCUCUGGACGAGCUGGGCCUGCACCCUGCCUCCUCGACCGGCGACGAAGACGAAGAGGAGAGCGGCGGCGGCGGCGGCGGCGGCGGCGCCAACAACAACAACAACAGCAGCGGCGGCGGUGCCGACGCCGGCAACGCCGGCGACUCUGGGAGCACGGACGCCGCAGCCCCCGCCACCGCCGCCGGUGCCGCCGGUGCCGCCGGCGCCCCCCCCGUCUCCACCGUCGCUGCUGCCGAGUGCCGCGCCCCGGCGUGGUACCGGCUGUUCCCGCGCGGCGCCGGCGCCCUGCUGGCGGGGCGGCCCACGGCGCGCGCCAUCUCCGAGUCGUCGCUGGAGAGCGCGUCGGCGCUCGACCCCAGCUCGCCGGGCUACGAGUCGCUGUCGCCGGGCGUCGAGUCGCUGUCGCCGAGCCCCUUCGGCUCGCGCUCGCUCAUCACGCCGAGCCCCAGCUUCGAGGGCCACGCGGCGCUCGCGGCCGGAGGGGCCGGAGGGGCCGGAGGGGCCGGGGGGGCGGCGGCGCCGAUGACCGGCGCGAGUUCGCUGGAGCGGCCGCUGAGUUACGGCGAGGUGAGAGGAGAGGCGUCGUGAAGGGGGCCGAGAGGCCGGAAGGGCGGCGGCGAUGCUGCUGCGUCGCGCCCGGCGGCUGUGAGGGAGACGCUGCCACGGGAGACGGAGGGAGCGGGGAGGGAGGUGCGUGGGAGACGAGGAGCGAGUCUCUGAUACUGAUGCUCCACAGUUUUUAUUUAUUUAUUGUUACGAUCGUAGGGGAGAUUUUUUUUUGUCCCGAGGUUGUUGCGUUUCCGCCCAUUCGCUGCCCUUUUCACUAUUUCGCUUCGGUAGCUCCCAGCUCAUGGAACACGGAGGGGGAAGCCCCUCGGUUGGUGUUUGUGGAGUGUUCAGGAUAGAGCUUAGCGCUAGGUAGGUGUUGUUACUCUGGAGGGUUAGCGUUAGGGUUUUUAGUUAAGGCUGACGGUGUAGGGGUUAGGCUGUAGCGUUAGGGUUACUAAUGAAUUAGAGCUUAGCGGUUCGGGUGAAGGAUUAGGGUCCGAGUCAGGGGCUUAGUGUUAGGAACCACCCCACGCAUUAACCACCUAUUUGUUCUAGAUUCAACGACCUAACGACAGCAGACUCGUUUCUGAGAUCAGAUGCAAUGCACGGGCCACAAGACUUCCCCAACACGAUUUUCUCAAAUGAUAAUUACCUUCAAAACUACCCCCUCCACCCCCGUCGCCCAAUUCGCCGAACGCCGUUGCGUUGUCGGGGGCGGACGUUGAGCGAGCGAGAAGCGAGGUCAGAACGGACGCGAGUGGCAGCGGUGACGAUGGGGGGGGGGGGGGGAGGAGGAGACGGUGGUGGUGGUGCGGUUAAAUCAGCGACGAGUUCCUCCCGUCAUCGUCGUCGUCGUCGUCAGCUGCUGCUGCUCCGCUAUCCUGAUCAGGGCUGUCCAGACAGGUUGGGGGGGGGGUGGUGGAGUGGGGGCCGGUGGCGGUAAGCAAAGAGCCAUUGGGCACUGGGCCUCACAUGAAAGAGGGGACCCCCGGCGGCACUGAUGGCGAUUGAUCUUUACAAAAUAAUAAUAAUAAUAAUGAUGAAGAAUCCUACUGAAGCAUUCAUUAUUUAUUAAUAUCCAUCCAACAACAAAAAGGGCUGUCCCGUCGCGAUCUUUGCGCCGGCCAGCCGGCCAGCCGGCCAGCCGGCCAGCCGGCCAGCCGGCCAGCCGGCCAGCGAGCCGUUGGAACUUUGCGCAACACGGACCUCCGCGCGUGACAACGCCGACCGCCUGUGGCGGCUCCGCAUUUAAAGAGCGGCGCGCUCUUAACGCGGGGGGCACCCAGAGCUGCGUCGGGCGCACGUCCGCGAAGCGUCGCAACGCGCAGCGUUCGGCCCGUAGCAGCUGCCGUGCGCCAAAGCCUAUGGCCAGCGUGGCGCGAAAGCCGGACGCUUCCCGUUAUAAUGUUUCCCGUCACACGGUUCUUGG